AUGGCUUCAGAAAUCACUUAUGCAGAAGUGAAGUUCAACAAUGAAUCCAACUCUUUGGGCACCUACUCUGAAUCUCCUGCAGCUACCAGAGAGAAACGUGUCCGUCAUUUAAGUAAACCUGUUUUCCCCUCGCUGCCUUUUACAUUUCUGAUGGUACUUCUUCUGCUGCUGGCAAUCACAUUCUUAGUUGCUUUUAUCAUUUAUUUUCAAAAGUACUCCCAACUUCUUGAAGAAAAAAAAGCUAUAAAGGGUAUAACUCACAACGAAUUGAACUGCACAAAAAUAAAUUCACGCAUGGAAGGAAAAAUUGUAGGUCAGAGGGCCCUGACAUUAGAGAUAAUGGAGGCAGACUUGAGUAUUUUGACACCUAAGGACAAAGUCUGGAGCUGUUGCCCAAAGGAUUGGAAGCCAUUUGGUUCCCACUGCUACUUGGUCUCUACACUUACUUCAGCUGACUCAGCAGCAUCUUGGAAGGAGAGUGAGAAGAAAUGCUCCCGCAUGGGUGCUCAUCUGCUGGUGAUCCAUAGCAAGGAAGAACAGGAUUUCAUCACCAAAAGCCUGGAUGCUGGUGCUGCUUAUUUUAUAGGGCUGUGGGAUACAGGUCAUCGACAAUGGCAAUGGGUUGAUCAGACACCGUACAAUGAGAGUGCCAAGUUCUGGCACAAAGGUGAGCCCAGCAGUGACAAUGAAAAAUGUGUUAUAUUAAAUCAUCCUUGGAAUACUGGAUGGGGCUGGAAUGAUAUCCCUUGCAAUCUUAACCAGAAGUCAGUUUGUCAGAUGAAGAAAAUAUACUUAUGA